AUGGCUUCCGCAGCUGCAGCAUCACCAUCACAAGGGCCCAGGAAAACGCCCAUCGCGGCUCCCACCGCAGACUCCAAACCCGUGCCGCGGCCAGACCUCACGACAGAGCAGCAAGCCAAGUACGAGGCGCUGCUAGAGAAAGCAAAGGCCUUCAGCGAGGUCAAGUGCGAAAAGGAAAAGGACAAGUCGGGCCCCCUGACGGAGCGCGAAUUCUCGUGGCUGACGCGCGACUGCCUGCUGCGAUACCUGCGGGCGACCAAGUGGUCCGUCGACGACGCGGCCAAGCGGCUGCUGGCGACGCUGGCGUGGCGGCGCGAGUACGGCAUCGACGACUUCACGCCGGAGCACAUCUCGCCGGAGCAGGAGACGGGCAAGCAGAUCAUCCUUGGGUUUGACCGCCAGGGCCGGCCGUGCCAGUACCUGAACCCGGGCCGCCAGAACACGGACAGCAGCCCGCGGCAGAUCCAGCACCUGUUCUACAUGGUGGAGCGGGUCGUCGACAUGAUGCCGCCCGGCGUGGAGAUGCUGAGCCUGAUGAUCAACUUCAAGCCCAGCAAGCAGCGCCAGAACACGAGCGUGCCGGUGUCGACGGCCAGGGAGGUGCUGCAUAUUCUGCAGAACCACUAUCCCGAGAGGCUGGGCAAGGCGCUCAUCAUCAACGUGCCCUGGAUUGUCAAUGGAUUCUUCAAGAUCAUUACCCCCUUCAUUGACCCCGUGACCCGGGAGAAGCUCAAGUUCAACGAGGACAUGAAGCAGUAUGUGCCCGCGGAGCAGCUGUGGAGCUCCGACUGGAACGGCGACCUGGACUUUGAGUACGAUCACGAGACGUACUGGCCUGCCCUCAAUGAGAUGUGCAAGCAGAAGCAGGAGCAGAAGCUGGUGCGGUGGGCAGCCGCUGGAAAGGCCGUUGGUGAGUCCGAGGAGUAUCUCUCUGGCGGUACGGACGUGAGCGUCACGGGGUUCAAGUACACAGCCGAGGAGGAGAAGGCAGAGGUAGAGACGAGUGUGCUGGCAGAGAAGCUGGAAGCGGCAAAGCUCGAGGAGGCGACAGUUGAGGCUCAAGCUUGA